AUGGAAGAUGGCUCUGAAGACUUCGCCAUUACCAACGGCCUCCUGGACGCCAAACGAAGACAAAAGAGUCGGGCCAGCAGCAGCUUUCGACUAGGAUCAGCUUUACAUGCCAGAAGAUCUAGCUCCAAUCCAGGAGCUCGGCCCGGUCAUGACUUGGAGUCUCGACGAGCCUCCAAACGUCCAGUCGAUGAGUCCGAAUUGCAGGUCACAAAGAGACAACUCAGGGCUCAAUAUAUCCAAACCUCUGAUGGUCAGCCAGUGAUUGCCGGCAGUUCUUCCGCCGAUGACCAGGCUUCCUCAACUAUUCAAUCCGAACCUGGGCCGUCGUCAAUAGCAGAUACUCGUGCUCAUGGCCCGACUAUGGUGGGCCUCGAUACAGACCCAGCUCAGAUCGUCAACCUCGCACUGAGCCUUGGUGAAUCCCGUCGGCGGGCAAUGUCUGGACGAGCCGUUUCCAGUGGUGUACCACGCGGUAGGCGCCUGUCCACCAUAGUGCCCGCACGUAGCCCCGUUCCCGAAAGUCGCAUAACACCACUCACCGAUCAGGAUGGGCGGUCUAAAAGCCGAACUCAUAGGCGCUUAUCGCAUGCAUCCCGCUCAUCCCCCCAGCAAUUUCAACCUCCAGCACCUUUUCUUGACUAUGGGCCACAAAACUUGGUGCCCCCGGACUUUUCUGCGGGCACACUGGCUAGAGCCGAAAAAGCAAGACAGUACUUUGAAUUGUUUACGGAAUAUAUACGCCUACUUCCUUAUCUUCCUCCUCUUCACCCGCCUGCUACUGGCUCCAUAAAACAAAGCGACUCUUCCAUAACGUCAAAAGCUGUCGCUCAAGGAAGAGUAUACAAUCCCCUCCAAUAUAUUCGGAACAGGAAAGUGAGAUUCCGCGAACGAAGUGCUAUAAACUCAGAAGAGGAAGGCUGGAUGGAUGUUGACAGGGUUCGAAGCUGGGUCAGCGACGUGGUUAACUCUCUUGAAGAAACUGAAUGCGGAGCAGAUGGGCGCAUCCAAUUACCGCCGCUCCAGCCGCCAAUCGAAAUCACGGAGGAACCGCAGGAGCAAUUCUCCAGCCCUGGUCGCACCAAUACUAAUGACACAAAUAAGCUACGUCGCCCUCGGAUGGAUUGGGUCUUCUCUCCAGCUGAUCUACUAGCCGAUGCUGCUUGGGUUGAGGCCGGUUCAAAUAAACUUAAACUCGAAGACAAAGAUGGAAACAAACUGUUUCCCCCAGAUACUCAGCUCAGAGCCAUUACCUUAACUGCAGCCACUCCGCCGCUAGAACCCCCUCCGAUUGACGAAACCUACGAUCCGCUCUACUCUACUGGAGCCCUACCCAGCUUCACGUCGGUCGGGUCCAGGUCUUCAUCUCAUAUAAAUCGAGGCCGUCGAAUGCAUAGAUUUGCGCAAUCCGUUCGCCUUACUCCUGGCCAUAGCCAUUCCAGAGAGAGCAGUAAAUCCAGCUGGCGGAACGCCUUGGCUCGGCCAAGGAGCUCAUCAGGUUCAUUCCAAAACCACGUCAACCGUGACCAUUCAAUAAAGGCCUUUCCAAAAGAUCAUAUACAACCGAGCGAACAGAAUACUGGACGCAGUUUGCUUCCUCCUCUGGACACUAGCGUUAGCGAACCCAAGCGUCCAUUCUCGCGCCAAAAUCAAUACCCAGGGUCGGUUUCUUCUGUCGAUGAGCCUCCUAAAAAGGCCGCCUCACGCCCGUCAUUCGAAGACGCUCAAAGCGGUUACCGGACUCCAGUAAAUAAAUUGAAGUUCCCAAGUAUUACAGCCAAUCUUUCGCCUCCACUAAGUCGCGAAGCCUCACCAGGCAGAAGGCAGCAUCUACCAUUUUAUAGCCCUGAUCGACAGGCCACAAAGAAUCAUAACGUCACCAGUGAUUCGCCAUAUUCCGCUAUUGGAUCACCAGCGAGACAGCCAGUGUCUCCCAUCUCUGAUACCCAGAAGCAGCCCUUUUCGUGGCUUAAUCAAAUAGAAUCCCCUCCUGGAGCAAGUACCAAAAUUGGAAAGGAUCCAGAUUCAAAACGACGGGGGAUAUUCAAAGGCGGCAGGAUUGCCGAGCUUGUUGGUAAUGAAGUGUCUAAAGUAGGCGAAUUUAUUCGGAAAAGGGACGCAUAUGGUCAUUCCCGCCAGUCGUCGUCCGCAUCCAGCGUUUCUGAGUAUGUCGAUAUAGAUGACGAUACCGGCGCCGGAAAGCGAAAACAAAGAGCAAAAUUGGUUCGUUUUCCCACACAAUCCGACUCUGGGUCACGGUCCAUCCCAGAAUCGAUAGUUGAUCGGGCUAAAUAUCGCACUCCGAAUCUUCCAACCUUCAAAUCAUCGUUAAAACAAGGCGAGACAUGGCAAGGAACGGAUGAAGAUCACUCUACACUAAAUGAGUCCAGAAAAGAUGAUCAAUCUGGUCCAGGCAGCGAAAUUGGGAAUGAUAUUGAAACUACCGCAACUGCCCAUGCGGAAAGCUCCGGUGCUGGCGGAGACAUCGAGCUACAAAGGAGACCCAGGGCACCGCAAGAAAAUGACGUUCAGGCCAAUCGUGAUGCAUCUGGUGUCGUUCAGGCAAGGCCUAAAUUAUCCGAAGCUACUCGCAACUGGAGUCUCUCGUCUCGCAGCAUUCCCAAAUACUCCGAGUCGACUCGUGUGAGUAAAGGCGAAAUUAUCCGCAUUCAAGCUCAUUUACUCUCGACCGGCGUGAAAGCCCAGGAAAUAUGUCGACACGCCAAUACAUCAGUUUCUGAUUUCAAUCCGCUUCGUAUAGGGCCUUCGAGCGAUUUGCACAGUCCCUUGCCGUACAUUAGAGAUCAGGAGUUUGUCACCACAGCCACUAAACAAUUGCUAUCAGCCGUUGAUGACGGUGUUCACCAUGUUCAGAAGUCCAUCUCCAGAUUCUCGGCUUCGGAUCUCCCGAAAUUAAGAUAUGAGCUUGACGACUUGGACCGGCUGAUUUCUACGUCCCUCAAUAAUCGCCUUCGCAAAGUGGGUGAUGAAGCAGAGCAGCUCACUGGCCAGCUUUCUAUGACGAGUACUUUGGCUAUCAAGCAACUUCAUGAUGCUUUGGACAAAGGAAUUCGGAAACGAAAACGCAGAUUCCGUUGGGUCAGUCGCUUUGGUUACGUUCUGCUUGAAUGGGUGCUGGUAGGGGUGAUGUGGUGGGUCUGGACCAUAGUAAUGGUUUGGAAAAUGUUUAGGGGUAUUUGGCGCGGAACAGUCUCCGGCGUUCGAUGGAUUCUUUGGCUUUAG